UUGAUGUAGUGCAACACUGAUUAAAAACCCCUGUUGUCAAUCUUUAUUCUUUAGGUUUUGAUAUAUUAAUUAAAAUAUUUUACAUAACUUAUUAUCAAACUCAGUGAGUCAAUUGAUGUAUCGAAACUUUGUGAAAAUGAAAAUUUUCAUUUGAAUUAUUUUAUCACAAGAUUGGAUAAAACAUCUAUAAACGCAAGUGAAAAAUAGACGGAAACUGUAAAAAAGAAAAAAUGUCACAAGACAAGUGAAAUUGUUAACCAAAACUAUUUUCGGCCUCUGAGGCACGUAGAAUUCCUUUAUUUCUCGUUUAGUGGUCCAGAAAAGAUUUAAAGCAAGUGUUGGCUCUAGUAAAGAAGGAGAAAAGAAAAAAAAAAAAGCUCGACUGGUUGGUGAAUGGUUUUGCAGAUAGACUCGGUGUGGGGCUGGGCGUCACCCCCGCUGCGCCUCCAGGUAGCCGGGGGGACUCGUGGCGCUUCGGGGAGCGCGGGUAUCACUGCCCAAUCCUCCCAGAGGAUGGGCGAAAUGGUCGUUGAUCGCGCUCCCUCACCAGCACGCCUCAGUCAUACCUCCGAGAAACAUCCUCGUGCAACACUCACCGAGCUUAAUGUUCUACGUCGUCAUCGGGAACUUUGCGAUGUUGUUUUAAAUGUUGGCUCAAGAAAAAUUUUCGCUCAUCGUGUCAUUCUCUCCGCAUGCAGUCCAUAUUUUAGAGCAAUGUUCACGGGCGAAUUGGCUGAAUCACGACAGACUGAAGUUACAAUUCGUGAUAUCGACGAAAUGGCAAUGGAAUUGUUGAUAGACUUUUGUUACACCUCGCAUAUUAUUGUCGAAGAGGCGAAUGUUCAGACACUAUUGCCUGCCGCUUGUCUUCUUCAAUUGGCCGAGAUUCAGGAUAUUUGCUGUGAAUUUCUGAAACGACAAUUGGAUCCCUCAAAUUGUUUGGGAAUACGAGCGUUUGCCGAUACACAUUCUUGUAGGGAAUUAUUGCGCAUUGCCGACAAAUAUACGCAACAUAAUUUUCAAGAAGUGAUGGAGAGCGAGGAAUUUCUCCUGCUACCAGUGGGACAAUUAGUCGAUAUCAUAUCUUCAGAUGAAUUGAACGUACGUACUGAGGAGCAAGUUUUCAAUGCUGUUAUGAAUUGGGUCAAGUACAAUGUGACGGAACGACGACAACAUUUGGCACAAGUUUUGCAACAUGUGCGACUACCGCUGUUGAGUCCGAAAUUUCUUGUGGGCACAGUUGGAUCUGAUUUGCUAGUUAGAUCUGAUGAUGCGUGUCGGGAUUUGGUGGAUGAGGCGAAAAAUUAUCUUCUCUUGCCGCAGGAGCGACCAUUGAUGCAGGGUCCAAGAACGAGACCAAGGAAACCGACGAGAAGGGGUGAGGUUUUGUUUGCAGUUGGUGGAUGGUGUUCGGGUGAUGCAAUUGCCAGUGUCGAGAGAUUUGAUCCAAAUACAGCGGAUUGGAAAAUGGUUGCACCAAUGAGCAAGAGAAGAUGUGGAGUCGGUGUUGCUGUUCUUAAUGAUUUGUUGUACGCCGUUGGUGGACACGAUGGACAAAGUUAUUUAAAUAGUAUCGAGAGAUAUGAUCCGCAGACAAAUCAAUGGUCAUGUGAUGUUGCGCCCACCACGUCCUGUAGAACUAGCGUUGGAGUCGCUGUACUCGAUGGAUUCCUUUACGCUGUCGGCGGACAAGACGGUGUUCAAUGUCUAAAUCACGUAGAAAGGUACGAUCCAAAGGAGAACAAAUGGUCGAAAGUAUCGCCGAUGACGACACGAAGACUUGGUGUUGCUGUCGCUGUAUUGGGUGGUUAUUUAUAUGCAAUUGGUGGUUCGGACGGUCAAUCGCCAUUAAACACUGUAGAAAGAUAUGAUCCAAGACAAAAUAAAUGGUCACCCGUUCCUCCCAUGUCGACUAGGCGUAAGCAUCUUGGCUGUGCUGUAUUUAAUAAUUUAAUUUACGCCGUUGGGGGACGAGACGAUUGUAUGGAACUUUCUAGCGCAGAGCGCUAUAAUCCUCACACAAAUUCAUGGAGUCCAAUUGUCGCCAUGACUUCAAGGAGAAGUGGAGUUGGAUUAGCUGUAGUGAAUGGACAGCUUUAUGCAGUCGGAGGUUUCGACGGUACGGCAUAUUUAAAAACAAUUGAAGUAUACGAUCCAGAGCAGAAUCAGUGGAGAUUAUGCGGCUGCAUGAAUUAUAGAAGACUUGGAGGUGGUGUAGGAGUGAUGAGAGCACCGCAAACUGAAAACUAUAUUUGGUAGCUCAGGCCCCCCUCUUCAGCCCUCUCGGCUGAAUCUCCAGUAACUCCGGUAACUCCAGUGACACCAGUUACCCCACCGGCACAAGUGUCAGCACCAAUUGUUACUACAAACACUAGAAAACGUUAUCGUCGCUCAAUGAGCAUUAUUUAAAUUACGAUAACAAAAUUUUCAAAAGACUUUUGCCUCUUCUAAAUAUUGUCACAACUGCCUCUCUCAUAUUUCCUUUAUCUUCAUUUAAUUCUCUUUUUUUGUUUUCUUAAAUUAAUUUCUUUUUUAAAAAAAAAGAAAACAAUCAAAUUUCUUACAAACUUCCCUCUUUUUUUUUGCCCAUGCUUCCUUUUAUAGAUAAGACUUUUUUUUUCCAAAAAAAAAGUUUUGAAAAUUAAAUUCCUAUUGUAAUAAUAAUUUAUUAUUUAAUUUAUUUGACGCUUCCCUUUUGAUAGACUUAAAAAAAAAUUUCUCUUUUGGGAGAAAAAAAAUUUAUUCUGUGAUUUAUUAGGAAAGUGACAAAUAGAAAAAAAAAUAGAAAGGCAAAAAUAAAUAUUCCAAGAGACUUGGCGGCUAAUAAAAUUAGUCAAAUUAAUGUGUACAGCUUCCAUUCGUCAAUAGACGAAUUGACUUUUAAUAUUUAAGUAUUAUAUUAUUUAUCAAACAAUAUUUUUCGUAUUUGUAUACGAAAAAUGUGGAUUUUUCAAAUAGAAUAAAUUAUGGGAUUGUAUAAUUAAAAAUUACGCAUCGUUGAAAGUAUUGCUUCCAUUUUUACGAAAAAAAAAAAUAAAUAAAUAAAAUAUGGGAAGUCAUCUUCACUUUUUAAAAAGCUUAACUUUCAUUUCAUAAUUAGAAUCAUUUGGUUUUUUUUACAAUCCUCGAGAUUAAAUAACUUGCAAUCAAUUUGAUUUUGUAAUUAAAAUCGAAUAAAGUAAAAAUAAAAAAAAAUUUAAACUAAAAUAAAAAUAAUAAAAUUAUAAUGAACAAAGUGUUAAAUUAAAUUACAAAGAAGAAAAUAAAUUUACGAACAAAGAAACUAAAGAAAUAAUAAUUGAAGAUAAAGAUUUAGUAAAAAAAAAAAAAAUUAAAUACCAUUGAAUAGAUUAAAAUUGACUUUAAAAUAUAAACAUAAAAUGUUAUAACAGAGUUUGAAAAUAGAUAAUUUACUGAAUAAAAUAAAAAUCAUUUUGUUAAGCUUAAAUGUAAAUUUGUAAAAGCUAAGAUUUGUAAAGUGCAAUAGUUAUUUAAAAAAAAAAUUAAUGUAACUGUGGAAAUGUAAAGAAUGAGAAUUUACAAGUAUAAUUUAGAAAUUGGAGUGAUUAGAUUUUUUGAUGAGCUGAAAGACUUAAUUAAAUUCAACUUGACUUAUUAGUAAAAAUUCUAUUUUUAUUAUGCGCCUAUUUUUGUAAGUUUUUCUUUUUACCGAUAACAACUUGAUUAUAUACUAUAUGUAAUAGAUUUUUAAUAUAGUAAUGUUUAUUUUACAAGUGUGGUGAAUGUGUGUCAGUUAUUUUUCAAUUUAUAUAUCACAAAACUGAUAUUUGAAAAUUUAUUCCAAUCAUUCUUUAAAAAAAAAAAAAAUAUUUUCUGCAGUUGCAAACUAAAAAAAUUAAAUCAUUUUUUCCAUUAAAAAAUUGAAAAAGAAAAUAAUUAGUCAAUUAUCUGACUUUUUGGUCUAACAGCAAAAAAAUAGUAUAAUUGUACUUAAAACACAAUUCUCUAAUGAACAAUUGUCCUUCAAGUUUACUUAUAUAUUCAUUCAUAUAAUAUGCAUAAAAUGAUUGUAAGCUUCACUUGAACUGAAAAAUACGCGAACAAUCUUAUUUCGCAUUUGCAGUUUUCUUGUAUAACAUUGAAAAUUUUUAUAUAAAAAAAAAAGAAGUGAAUUGUAAAUGUAUCAUUGUUUUUUAUGUAUAUAUUAAAAUUGUGAGAAUGUUGAGGAAAAUAUAUAUUGUUAAAUCAUUAAAA